AUGAUUAAUAGUGAGACACCUGCAGCAGGAAAGAGUGUCGCCGGAUCAGCCAAACCAGGUCUUGGUUCUCGUGCCACGUCUAGAGUAACAUUUCGUGAUGGAGAUGGUAACCAACACACACGUGCAUCCAGUCAUCCAACUGAAGGUGGUGAACAUAGUGCUAAUAGUGCGGUGCCAUCGUUACAUUCCCAACGUGCCCAACAACAAAGUCCUGAGUUGAAGAAGAAAGAUGAGAUUAAUCCAUUUAAAUUCUCACCUGACGUCGAUUUCUGUGCGUUGAGUCAACUUGAUAAGCGUGAAAAAGCUCGAGAACGUGAACGUAUGCAACAUUUGAAAGUCCAUGAAAAAUUAUCGAAAUCUCAACAAUUGAUGAAGGGCAGACGAUUUCGUGUAUUGAAAGAAAUUGAUAAAGAAAUCGAAGAAGAACGACUUGAAAAUAAAGAAACGCGUGUUCCAUCAACACGUGAUAAUAAAUCAUGGUUGGUCGCCAUUACUCGUAAUCGGCGAGUAGAAAACGAAAGUCUGCAAGAUUUCAUUGGCAAAAAACGUAGUAUGUUUGUUUUGCAAUAUGAACUGACUGUGAAACGCACAGAAAUGCGUAAACUGGAAGAAAUUACUGCUGCAGAAGAACAACGUAUUGAAAAGGCUGAAAAAGAUCUCGAAGAAGAUGCUCAAAUGUUCGAUCAAUUUCUCGUGGCAAAUAAUAAGAAUGCUAACGAUGCUGCUCGUUUGGCUGAUGAAGAAGCAAAAAAGAAGAUCGAUAAAGUCGAAGAAAUUAAGCGUCUACAUACUCAAAUCAACGCAUUGAAGAGCGAACUCGCACGCCGAGAAGAGGAAUUAAAAGACUUGAAAGAGUACAAGAAAUUUCUCGAUCAAGUAACACCAUCGGAAUGGAAAGAAGAACGUCGACAGAAAUUGCGACAGGAGCGUGCUGCAAAUCAAAAAGUCGAAACGCGUUCGACUGUUUCCGAUGACAAUUCGAGCAAAUCCGGCAGUCGACCACAUAGUCGCGUAACUGAAUCUCGAGCUGUUAAACGCGGUGCAGGUGCAGCAGCACAUAAAACGUCCGCUAUUCAACGGCGAACAUCGAAUACGACACACGAUACUGACUCAUCAGUAGCCAAGUCAACCAAUGAAGUCGAAGGCAAUGAAUUAGACAACGAUUUCGAACUAUUCUUCACCGAUCCUCAACAGUUAUUGGAUAUCUUCACUGAGUUAGAAGAGCAAAAUUUAUCUCUGAUUCAAAACAGUCAAGACCAUGAAGAGCAAUUGGAGGAAAUCACGCGGGACCUUAAAAAAACUAUGGAAAACAAAAAUGCGGAAACAGAAGAGUUACAGCGGCAAGUGACUGAACUGGAACACGCGAUUGCAUCAGAAGAAUAUAAAGAAAAAGAAUUAAUGGCGAAAGUUGGAGCUCACUCGCUGGUGAAUACUGAGAGCAAACAAGAAGAGUAUCUGAGUCAAUUAUCGACUGUUAUCGGUGAUGUUUAUAAGAAGAUUUUCAAUGAAAAUCCUGUCACAAGUGAUCCUUUGAAAAAUUUAGCAUCGAUAGAAAAUCGUCUUGAAGAAUUAUUUCAAGAAAUCGAUCUUCUCAAUCCUGAUCGUUUGCAAGAAGCUGAGAAAGCGAAAGAGAAAGAACGUCGUAUACGUUUACGCGAACAGAAGAAACUCGAAGAAGAACGAAUUAACGAAGAGAAGAAACGUAAAGCUGCUCUUCGAGCAAAGGAACCACCAAAGAAACAUCUCGGUCGGCCAAUAGCCGAACGAUCACGACCGCCCGACAUGAAAAAAAUCGAUCAAGAUACAAUCAACAAAACAAACGAAGAAGAAGAGGAACUUGCUUAUUAUUUUACCUGA